AUGCUGCUGCUCCUUCUGCUCACAAACGCUUUUGUCCUUCUGCCCUGGGCUGGGGCUGGAAGGAUCAUUGGCGGAAGGGAAGCUGAGGCCCACUCCAGACCCUACAUGGCUUAUUUAGAAGUGAAAAAUAAGACAAACUCUACUGUGUGUGGAGGGUUCCUGAUUCGCCCAGACGCAGUGCUCUCAGCAGCUCACUGUGUGGAUAUGAAAGGGACAGUGAAAGUCACUGUGAUUCUGGGAGCCCACAAUGUAAGGAAGCAGGAACAGAGCCAGCAGAAGAUCCCUGUUGUAAAAAAGGUCAUCCAUCCUGAAUAUUCCCGUAAAGACUUGAAAAAUGACAUUGUGCUGCUGAAGCUGAAGGAAAAAGCCAAUAUCACUAAGAAUGUGCAAUGUAUCUCCAUUGCCGAGAACCACGAAUGUGUGAGAGCAGGAGAUUUAUGCACGGUGUCUGGCUGGGGCUGGACAUCUAAGAAAAAGGUCUUGAGUGAUGUCUUGAUGGAGGUGGACCUGGAGGUGCAAAAUGAGGAAAUGUGUGAGGAGCUUUCCAGUAAAUACCAGCGUCAGUCUAUGAUCUGUGUUGGUGAAGAAGAUAGUAAAACAUUAGCUGCCCCUGGUGAUUCUGGUGGCCCAUUAGUCUGCAAUGAGAAGGCUCAUGGCAUUGUUUCUCAUGGAUGUGGUGGCCGUCUCUCUCCUGAUGUAUUCACCAGGAUCUCCCACUUUGAGCCCUGGAUCCGCAAGAAGCUGAAGGGUUUUUCACGCAAGUCAAUUUCUUGCUCUCCAUCCUCUGACUAA